GGACCCACAACCAGGAAGUAGCCCAACCUUUGAGGGGAAUCGGGUUAUUGUGUUUUCUACCUGUAUUUUUAUUAAUCCCCGCCUUCAUUUCUAUGAUUGGCUAGUCUUAAGUAAUUUUCUGCGCUACGAUUGGUCCUUAGUUUCUGCGCGCAAUCAGUCUGGAGUUUGAGCUAAUCCUAACAAGGGAGGCGGGGUUUGUUGAAUAUGGGUGUGAAAGAAAAACGCUGCUAGUUCUGGUAGAAACCUGACCAUCUAACUUUAAACUUAGAAACAAGCUUGUUGUUGUUUUUUAUAUGAGUAAAUCUGUACAGAGGUCUGUCUCGAAGUGACAGCUAUUUUUUUGUAUUACAACUACAUAGUCCUGUUAGCUAAAUGAAGAAAUAUGAUUCUUUGUAGAAUGAUUAACUAAUUAGCAUUCAGAAGCUAGCUAACAACCGGGAGUGAGAGACCUGCAGGCUUCACUGGUGAGACUACGGCAGCAGAAUGACCGAGUAUAAGCUGGUGGUGGUUGGAGCAGGAGGUGUAGGGAAGAGCGCACUUACCAUCCAGCUCAUCCAGAAUCACUUUGUGGACGAAUAUGACCCCACUAUAGAGGACUCGUAUAGGAAGCAGGUGGUGAUAGAUGGGGAGACUUGUUUGCUGGACAUCCUGGACACCGCAGGACAGGAGGAAUAUAGUGCCAUGAGGGACCAGUACAUGAGGACAGGCGAGGGCUUCCUCUGCGUGUUCGCCAUCAACAACACCAAGUCUUUUGCCGAUGUGCAUUUGUAUAGGGAGCAGAUCAAGCGAGUAAAGGACUCUGAUGAUGUGCCCAUGGUCUUAGUUGGAAACAAAUGUGAUUUGGCCAGAACCGUCGACACCAAGCAGGCUCAGGAACUAGCCAGGAGCUACGGCAUUGAAUUUGUAGAAACUUCAGCCAAGACCAGACAGGGAGUUGAGGAUGCUUUUUACACCUUGGUCCGGGAGAUCCGUCAUUAUCGCAUGAAGAAACUCAACAGCAGGGAGGACAGGAAACAGGGUUGUCUCGGAGUCUCCUGCGAAGUCAUGUGAUCAGGAAACGCACCACCUUCCCAGUGAUUCCUUGCAAGCUCAUUAGCCAGCAGCUGAAAACUUUACGCCCACUCACUUGUGACUGAAAAGCUUUGUGACGUGGUCCAAUUUUCUAUUAUUAUUAUUUUUUUUAAUCACCUUUUAAUCCUGUGGCCUGAAAUCAGCUUUGGCGGUGGAGUUUUCUGCAUUGGGCCCCCUGCUGGCUAAAAGGGUUCAUUUCAAACUUGCUCACUGUGUAGCCUGCUGCGAUGGAAAAGAGGGGCUCGAUACAAGACAUUUGACCUCUGCAUUUAUCUAAUAAGCGAUGAAAUCUCGUCUUUCCCUCUUUUGACCUGAAUAUUAUUUGUAAGUUCAGUUCUCAGGAAUACUGUGAAGGCAGAAGUGCCUAUAUAGAAUUAUUUUUUUUUCCAUUCACAUUUCACAUUCAAUGUUUUUUUUGUUUUUUGUUUUUUUUUAAUCUGCAUAUUCCUGCUCCUACUCGUUUUAUUUUCCAUCUUAGCUUGUUGUAGCAUCUGUGGUCUCAAUGGAAUUUUAUUCACAAGGGCAUUCGACGUCUGUUAGCCAUGAGUCUGAGGCGAGAACACUUUCAGAUCGCAGUGAUUGAACAGCAGUUGAUUGAACAAAGAUUAUAUGCUGCUCCAAUGAAAUGUCUACAUUCUGGGUGGGGGAAGAAAAAAAAACACUGGAACAUCAACAGCAACAAAAACGGAGGUUAACAGACUUCUUUAGUUUUAAACUUGCAUGCAAUGUUCUUUCUGUAUUCUUUAAUACUCUCCUUUCGCUCGCUAAUUGAUGCGGGUUAUGUUGCAGACUGCAUUAAGGUUUGCGAAUGUUGUGGUUCUGGUAUUCAACAGUGUUUAGAAAGAAGCAAUUGAGGAAGCUGAGGCCUUGCUGUUAUGUGCCCAAAUGCACGCUCUGUAUUUCUGUUUGGGUUUAAAUUUGGCCAAAAGUAUGCGCUGCCUUUAGAAGUUUACCCGCAAGACAUUUUUUUCGAGGAACAUGAUCAUCAUUUGUUUUCAGAUUGCAGUGCCAGUAAUGACUUUGUCUUUCUACAAAGAUACAGCAUCUUCAUCACAUUCAUUGCCUGGUGCUAAAAUUCCCAAAAUGACAUUUUUUUCCCCCCCAAAAAAACGGAUUUCUUGUUUACUAAAAUCGCUGGGUUUUUUUUGCUUUUAUGCUGUGAUUUUUUUAUUUUAUUUUUAUUUUUAUUAUCAUGGCUUUAAUCAAGAAAUUUACAAAUUAACAUUUUAUGUCACAAGAAUGACAGUUGUAUAAAAGACAUUUCAUGUGCCUCAAUAUUCUUUUCCUAGUAAAUUAAUUAUAAAAACUCCUCACCUUUUAAGAAAAUUGGUCUUUAUUUUUGUACCUUUCUAGUGUCUUGGUGUACUUGUCAGUUGAGACUUAGCUGUCAGUUCGAUCCUAAAAUAGAGCUUGGAGGCUCCUGCGUUCCUGUCCUGUGCUGGUACGUGGCUCUGGUUACACUCGCCAGUUGAUGUUUCUUAUUGCAGCCGAACACGGACGAGCCGCACACUUCCCCGCUGCCGGCGCACGGUGUGUGUGUGUGUAUGUGAGAGAGCAGCUCUGUCUGUCUACAGCGUAAACGUGCUACUGUAACGACACACUGCCACCAUGCCUAAGGUUCAAUUGCCAG